AGAAACUAUGUUUACAUGUCCUAUCAAUAAUUGUAGUGCGGAAAUCGAAAUCAUUGAAAAGUCACCACUAAUGCGGGCUCCAUCACAAAGAAGUAUGAGCAUAGAUGAAGGAUCACAAGACCUAGUAAUAUUUAGUAAAAAUUCUUUAACAAAUCUAGAUAGAAUCGUAGAAGAGAACUCCGAAUCUGGCAUACCUGACUCUACUACAAGUAAUUUACCAUCUAAGCGUGUUGGUGAACCAACAGAUAAAAUAUCAAGUAAGAAACAAAAGCAGGCUAAGAAAGAAUCGCAUAUAUUAAAAGAUCUUAUAAAAGAAUUAUCUUCUAAGGAUCCA